AAAGAAAGCGGGUGAUUUCUGAGAUUAGGUGUUUUCACCUACGUUGUCUCAACCGUGUUCACUGCAACGUCACACCUCACUUUGCAUCUUUAGAUGGAGACCAUAUGGGUUUUAAUUGCGGUGUUUCUGCUCAUGGUGACGUCAUACACAAAAAAUGCUAGUGAUUUUGUCCCUACUCAUGAGUGGGAAGAAGUCACACCUGGCCAUGGAGUCCAUUUUGGUCUACAUGCGAGACAAAAUUUGAAGACCCGGUACAGAGAGGCUAAACAUAUGGGUGUGAUGUCCAGCCCUUCCAAUGUAAUUGCAGGUUAGUUAUGUGUGCUGUUGAGUCAGUAGGUGAACCUGGGAAACCUGCCAUCAAUGUGUCGACAUAUUCGGGAGCGGAUAACUUGAGCAAGCCCAACACUCAGUCAGCCAGACACUUUCGUUCAUAUGACGAAUUGAAAAAAGACUUCCAGAAAAUAAACGUGAAUAUCAAGACGGAUCCCGAAAUUAUAAAUGAAAUAAUGACUGAAAUGAAACAGAAUAAUUCCUCAGACGAACGGUUAGCGAUAAUUUUGGAAGAUCUGUCUUACUACUUGCACCAGAUUGACAAUGCAAGGAUUUUCUCCAAAAAUGGUUUCGAAACACUGUUACAGCUUUUACACCAUCCCAGUUAUGAAGUUAAAAAAGCUUCUUUGAAAGCCAUUGGUGCCGCUACUCAGGGAAAUUCUGAAGUCAAAGUAGUCGCACUUCAAAGUGGUUUGGUUGACCAGUUACAUUCUUUUUUGAAGGCAUGCAUCAAUGGACAAGAUUCGUUGGAAUUCAGUACAUUACUGUCAGGAGUAGUGUCAACGUUAAGUGCGUUGCUGCGUGACUUCCCAUACGCCCAAAAACAGUUCUUUUCGACUUCAGGAAUAUCGCCAUCUGGUUUCGAGCUACUUGCACAACUUAGUCGUCGAAAUGCUUCAAAGGGCAUUCAAGGCUUACGGGUUCGAAUCCUGACGCUUUUGACAUAUCUUUACAGUGAGCGUCUUGAUGCUCAAAAAGAUUUUGAGGAAGGCCCCACAAAAACAAAAAUGGAUGUAUGGAAUAUGUAUGCUAGUAUCCCUUUCGAAGAAAGCUUUCUAAUGUAUGGAUUUUGCGAAACGUUACAUAUAUCUUUACUUCAAGAUGUUCAAAGAGGCAACGAAUAUAACGAUUUGAGUGCACCGGUAAAUCAUGAUAUACGUGAAAAGGUUAUAACGGCGUGUUUAAAGUUUUUCAACGUAUGUGGUUGGGAAUCAUCCAAUUUCUCAAACAAACAGCAUAUUCUAAACUUAUUGGACUCGAUCAUAGACGAGUACAAGCUGCGCUCGGAAAGUGACACUGAUGACAUUAAUUCUUAUUUUACUGAUAUGCUACUUAAAGUUCAAAGGUUCAGGAAUAUGUUGAAGCCUUAUGAAUUGCCGAGAACUGACCUGUAGUUCCACAGCAUCUGCAUACAAUGUACAUACUUGCUUUGAUAUUAUAUUUUUUCGCAUUGACGUUCCCUGCAUUUUGAAACUUGGAUUCAUCUUUCGUUUAAGUACAUACAUAUGUUGAGGUAAUUACUUGAAAA